CAAGUGACGGUCCUCCUCUCUACACUUAUUAUGUCCGAUCAACCGACCUACGACCCAGCUAGAGAUGCUGAAGCCUCUACUGGAAAACGCAGACUUCUGCAAGAAGCGCUUCCACCCAAGCCUGUCCUGAAACCUACAACAGCCAAGCCCGUCUGGAUGACAGACGAGCAGUUCAGCCAGUUCAACAAAAUAUCCUCGGCGGGAACCCGGGUCCCAACUUCGGAAGCCAAACCUGAAAGCCCGUUGUCGGAGCUGCAUAAGUUGAAGAGGCCGAACCGCCGGAUGGAUGUGGGCGACCAGCAGCGCAAAGCGCAGGAAGCACGAGAGCACGAGGAGCGCAAAACACAGCACCAAAUGUCCCGCCACAACCCGCAACACAAGAACUACGUCAACAACAACGAACACGUGCGUGACUUCUACAACCAGAGGGCGCAUAUUGCGCGCAAGGAGAACAGAAACCUUUCUCCCAUCAUCAAAAUGCGUAACUUCAACAAUGCCAUCAAGUACAUCUUGAUCAACACGUACGCGGCGGCCAACAACCGUGUACUCGAGCUUGGCUGUGGCAAGGGUGGUGACUUGAAUAAGUACGCGAUGGCACGCAUUCGCCAGUUUGUGGGUAUCGACAUUAGUGACGCAUCCAUUGUGGAGGCCAUCAAGCGGUACAAGAACUUGCGCCAGAAGCCGUUUGAGGCAUUUUUCGCCACAGGUGACUGCUUCUCACUGACAGUGCCGGAAAUCCUCACGCCCAACUUUGGGCUGGACCAGAUCCAGUAUCCAUUCGAUAUGGUGUCGAUGCAGUUUUGUUUGCACUACUCUUUCGAGUCGGAAGCCAAAGCUCGCCGCAUGUUGGAAAAUGUGUCCAAGUGCUUAAAGACAGGCGGAUUUUUUAUCGGGACGAUUCCUGAUUCCGAUUUUAUCAAGGCAAAGUUGGCUAGAAAUCACGUCAAAAAGGUGGCAAACAAGAAUAAGUUCGGGAACUCCAUUUACUCGGUUGAGUUCGAGGAGGAUGUGCCAGCAGACGGCAACUUUGGCAAGAUCUACGGCAACAAGUACACGUAUUUCUUGAAGGAUGCCGUGGACAACGUGCCAGAGUACAUUGUGCCGUUCAAUGCAUUCAGAGCGUUAGCCGAGGACUACAACUUGGAAAUGAGAUACAGAGGCUCUUUCACUGAGUUGUACAAGGAGCGUAUUCCCGAGUGGUUCCAUAGAUUGAGUCCAAAGAUUAUUGAGGGCAUGAAGAGAUCCGAUGGCAGCUACGGUGUGGAAGGCGAAGAGAAGGAGGCAUGUGCGUUCUAUCUCGCAUUUUCCUUUGAAAAGAUUUAAACCUGAGCAAAGUAUAUGUUAAAGAUAAAUAAAAGCUGAGUUAAAG